UAUUACAUUUUUCUUUCUCCACGUAAUUCGCUGUGACUUGUAGUUGGAUUUAUACGUGAAUAUUAAAAUACAAAUCUAUCUUUUAAUUGAAAUGCGUUUUUAAUACACUUUAAAAAAUAUAGCACUGAUUGUUUGGUACCGAACAAACCACGUUCGUUCGGGAUGAAGACCUUGUGGUGUCUUUUGGUUGUCGUGCUAACGUUUAGCGGCAGUUUCGCAGUUGAUAGAAAUAAUUUUAAGACAUGUGAUCAGGCUGGUUUCUGUAAGCGCUUGAGAAGCUUCAAGCCUGAAAAAUCGCAGUACACCUUAGAUAUAAAUAGUAUUAUCCUAAAUGGGAACGUAUUACUUGCUGAAGUAACGACCAUAGAUACCGAGUCAGAUAGGAGAACUGUUUUGUGGAACUACAUAUUAAAACUGUCAGCAUUGGAGGACAGCACCUUCAGAGUGGAACUGAAUGAGAAGGAGCCACUGUACGCUCGUUAUGUGACACAGCUGGCACUGCAGCAUGAGCCCAGGCCUGAUGGAAUAAAUCUAGUCUCCAAAGAUAAUGGCAAGGUUGUUGUUACAAAUAACCAAGGUCACAAAGUGGUGAUCACAGCUGAACCUCUCAAGUUUGAGUUCUACGACAAGAAUGGUGAAGUAGCCGUGGUCCUUAAUGAGAACUCACAACUCCUUGUGGAGCCGCUGAGGAAGAAGAGGGAGAAGACUGAUGAUGAAGAUGUAAAUGUAGUGGAAGUGGAAGAGGAGGGCAUGUGGGGUGAGAAUUUCAAGAGUCACCACGACAGCAAGCCGCGGGGUAACGAAGCUAUCUCGCUCGACGUCUCCUUCCCCGACGCUGAUCAAGUUUAUGGUAUCCCGGAGCACACGGACCGCGUGCACCUGGCCACAACGACAUCUGGCGAGCCGUACCGUCUCUACAACUUGGACGUGUUCGAGUACGAGCUGGACAGCCGCAUGGCCAUAUACGGCGCCAUACCGGUCAUGUACGCGCACGGAACCAAACACACAGUGGGCGUGUUCUGGCACAACUCUGCCGAAACGUGGGUGGAUGUGGUCAACUACGCGGAUAGCACAGUGGUCUCGUCCCUGGUCAACCUGGUCACUGGUGGACAAAAGCGCCGAGUCGAUGCACGAUUUAUGAGCGAAUCGGGUAUAAUCGAUGUGUUUGUGAUGCUGGGUGAUACGCCAGCCGACGUGUUCCGGCAGUACACGGCCCUUACUGGGGUCGCACCUUUGCCGCCGCGUUUCUCGCUGGCCUACCACCAGUCGCGAUGGAACUACGUGGACGAGGGGGAUGUGAGGAGUGUGGAUGACAAUUUCGACAUACACGACAUUCCCGCAGACGCCAUCUGGCUCGACAUCGAGUACACAGAUCGCAAGAUGUACUUCACAUGGGACGCCGAGAAGUUCCGUCACCCGUCGGAGAUGGUCGCGAACCUCACCGCCAAGGGCCGCAAGCUGAUCGUCAUCAUAGAUCCCCACAUCAAGCGCGAGCCUGGCUACUUUUACCACGAGGACGCCACCGACAAUGGGUACUACGUGAAGGAUAAAGACGGGAAGGAUUACGAAGGCUGGUGCUGGCCAGGUUCCUCCUCGUACCCUGACUUCCUGAACCCGGUGGUCCACGACUAUUACGCGUCCAGAUACAGCUUCGACAAGUUCCCCGGCACCAGCAAGGAUGUCCACAUCUGGAAUGACAUGAACGAGCCCAGUGUUUUCAACGGUCCAGAAAUCACAAUGCCCAAGGACUGCCGCCACUACAAACCGCCCGAGAAUGGUGUUGAAGGCAUCGGUUCAUUUUGGGAGCACAGACACGUGCACAACGAGUACGGGCUGUUCUACAUCCGCGGCACCUUCGACGGCAUGCAGGCGCGCGCCCCCGGACAGCGGCCCUUCAUACUCACCCGGGCCACGUUCGCCGGCACGCAGAGGUAUGCUGCUAUGUGGACUGGCGACAACACCGCCGAGUGGGGCUUUCUGGCCGCUUCGGUUCCCAUGUGCAUCUCGGUAGCCAUGUCGGGUGUCAGCUUCUGCGGCUCCGACGUUGGAGGCUUCUUCAAGAACCCAGAUGCCGAGCUGAUGACCAGGUGGUACCAGGCGGCUGCGUACCAGCCGUUCUUCCGCGCCCACUCGCACAUCGAGACGAAGCGCCGCGAGCCGUGGCUGUUCGAGGCGGCCACCACCGGCCUGCUGCGGGACGCCGUCCGCCGCCGCUACGCGCUGCUCGACCUCUGGUACACACUGUUCUUCGAGCACUCCAGAGAUGGAUUACCUGUAAUGCGGCCGCUGUUCCAACAGUACCCCAAAGAGGAAGCCACCUUCACCAUCGACAAUGAGUACCUGCUGGGAGACAGGCUGCUAGUCCGUCCAGUGGUAGAGUCCGGUGUGACCUCCGUGAAGGUGUACCUCCCGGGAGCGGACACGCAGACUCUGUGGUACGACGUGGACAGCUACCAGCCGCACCAAGCUAACGGGUAUUUCACGCAGGAAGUCAACAUUGCUAAGACGCCGGUGUACCAGCGCGGCGGGUCGGCCGUGUGGCGCAAGGAACGUGUGCGGAGGUCGUCCUCGCUGAUGUCGCACGACCCCUACACGCUCGUGCUCGCGCUUGACUGGAAUAACACAUCGGAAGGCACUCUGUACAUUGACGACGGGGAGACCUACGAUUACAAGGAGAAGAAGUAUAUUUACUCAAAAGUGAAGUACACACCAGAGGGCAUUACUUACUCAUUCAUCGACGACAGUGCCUCGUAUCCCACCCGAUCGUGGGUGGAGCGUAUCGUCAUAGCGGGCUUAAAGACUCCGCCAAAAACAGCCAAACUCAGCCAGAACGAGAAACAAACAGCCCUGCUAAUGACGCUGCACAAAGGCAAUGAUGUGCUCGUAAUAAGGAAGCCUGGUGCCAGCAUGGCUAAACCUUGGAAGAUAACGUUCAGUUAUUAAAAUUGAUACAUGUGCAUACUUACUGGUGUUUUAAUGAAACUUAGAUAUGAUAUUAGGUAAUUUUAAAUUAAUACAAAUGUUUUAGUAUGUUGUUACCAGCUGUAAACACAAAUUUGUUUGUGCUAGAUUACUUAUAUACAAAAUAUAAUUUUGUUUAACUGUGAUCGUGCAAUAGAAAUACCUUUUCAAACUUUCACAUACAUUAAAGGUCCUUUAAAUUAAAGAGUUUGUAUUAUUAGUUAGUAUUUUUAACAUUAUAUGAAAUAAAUACACUGCCAGGUCCUAAACUAAUAUAGAUUUAAAAUCCUAUACAUCAUGUUUGUUAAUAAAAAAAAAAAUAUUCUAACUGGAUUUUGUGAAUUAACUACGUGAAAUUAAUUUAUAUGAAAUUUUAUUCAAAUAAUUGAGUAAAAGCCAAAUUUUCACAUUUGUGUUCAUUAAAACGCCAAUAAGAGAUUUUCAGACUUCAAAGAAGUCUUAUGUCGUUGAAUGUAUUUCGAUAUGGGGAAGCCGGUGGUUUGAUUUGGGGUGUAAACAGCCAAGAUUGUCAAUACAACUUACAGUAGAUUGUAUACUCUAACUGCAUGUCAAUCUCGGUGAGUUGCCACUCUGCUGUAUUUUUUUUACGGCUUGCGAUAUUUGUUUACAAUGAUAACAAUCGAAUUCAGCACGUUGUUGACCAAGGGGACCGGUGUGGAGGUUUGCUAACGAAGCAUAUACCCUGUUAACAGUAAAUUACAGUAAUAGAUAAUUCACCCACCAUCCUUAUUAUGCUAUAUGAAAUUACUAGUUUUACUGGCCACUUUAUUUCCUCCCCUUUAAAGGUUGGUAUAAAACGUAGUUGAUAUCCUUUUGUGCAAUUCUCAUACCAAAUUUAAUCAAAAUGGACUUAGCCAUGAAAACCAAGCAUUUACUUUUAUAAAAUAGACAAAUUAUAACUUCAUUAUUUAUUUAACUUGUAUUUUUUAAACAUAUUUAAUUACAAUAUUGAUCAAGUUUGAGAUGCGAAUUUUGCAUAACCAACUCUCUUAAAAGCUAGGCAAACAAUAUUCGGACGUAAUUUACUAUGACGUCCCACUUCUAUAAUGUAGUAUAAUAUAAUGUGGCAACUCACAUUAGUCCCCUAUGCCAUUGUGAAAGUUUAGCCAACUUUUUUUAUACUUUGAUAUAGCAAUACGUUAUUUACAAUCCAGUCAAACGUAGAUUCAAUGUCAUAUAGAAUAAUAUAAAUAUAGUACACAAUAUGGUAAGAUAAUAAAAAAAAUAGUAUGACACAUAAUAUUAUGUAUACUCUGUUUUUAUAUAUACUUGGCAUACUUACAGUAUUUAAACAAUUUACACACCUAUUAAUUUAAUCAUUAAAAAUAAACACUAAUCCAAAAACAUUGUAAUAAAAAAGUAAAACAAAGUGCAAUUAUUAUAAAUAAUAUUAUUUAAAAUUAAUUAAAAAAUAUUUAAGCCGUUUGUUAAUUUUAUACGCUGUAAUUUCCGUAAAAAAAUGUCAAAUUGCCUUUUAUAUUAAAUAUGCCAAGUGAAACAGUUGUUGAUGCAUAAAUCUCGACGAUGUCUCAUUUUUGUCACAUUCGUGACAAUUUUGAAUAUGUUCUUGUCAUACUUAGUAUUAAGUUUCUUUCAGAUUUAAGUGACGUUUUAUCUAAUUGAAUAAUUGAACAAUGUCAUCAUUUUAUACAGUUACUUUAAUGUUUUUUUUUUUAUUAAUCCAAUUAAGGUCACAUUAUUGUCGAGAUAUAUUCGUAAUUCUCGUUAGCUGGCAGUGAAAUGGUUAACUGGUUGUUUUGAUUCACGCAUUUUGUUUAGAAAUAAAGUCAAGAUCAAAAUCAAUUGUAUACAAAAAUAGUAAACAUUUUUUGUUUCUAAACAAUUUGCGGUGGAUACUAAUUGAGCUUUGAGGGUAUUAGUAUUUUCUUGACGGGUACAGAAGUUUUAUCAUGCAGAGUGAUAAUAAAACAAUUUUAAUAUUAAUAA